GAUCCCACAGCCAGCCGACUCAUUCAAAGCUCCGACUUCGUUGCGUGCACACAGAUACUCGCUCUAUUCCGAGAUCCAGUGGAACACUUCGUCUGUGGAUUACGCGAGUUUACAACUUCUUACUUACUUACCCACCAACUAAACAACCAAACCAACCAAAUCAACCAUGGUUCUGGAGAUGGAGAUGUCCAAGACCUACCAGUACCGCAAGGUGAUGAAGCCCAUGCUGGAGCGCAAGCGCCGCGCCAGGAUCAACAAGUGCCUGGACGAGCUGAAGGACAUCAUGGUGGAGUGCCUCACGCAGGAGGGCGAGCACAUCACCCGCCUGGAGAAGGCCGACAUCCUGGAGCUCACCGUGGAGCACAUGAAGAAGCUUCGUGCCCAGAAGCAGCUGCGUCUUUCUAGUGUCUCCGGUGGAGCCGCAUCCGCCGAUCCCAAGCUCAGCAUCGCCGAGAGUUUUCGCGCUGGUUACGUUCAUGCCGCCAACGAGGUGUCCAAAACCCUGGCUGCUGUUCCCGGAGUGAGUGUGGAUCUGGGCACCCAGCUGAUGAGCCAUCUGGGUCACCGGCUCAACUACCUGCAGGUGGUGGUUCCCUCGCUGCCCAUCGGAGUGCCCCUCCAAGCUUCCGGCGAGGAUCAGGCCAUGGUCACCCCGCCGCCGUCGGAAUGCGGCAGUCUGGAGAGCGGAGCCUGCAGCCCGGCGCCCAGCGAGGCCAGCUCCACUUCGGGUCCCAUGUGGCGACCCUGGUGAUCAGUGGACUCGGGAUGAACCUCACCUGAAUCGCCUUCGAGCGGAAGGCUUCUACAAAUCGUCGCCCCAGAGGAGUGCUGGAACCGAAACCGCACCGAAACCUUUGGAGCUCUUCAAUCGCUGCCCAGGAUUAGCUUUCCCAGCAGCCCAAUCUCUAGCAGAGCCUCAAAUUCCGGCUAUAGAGAGCGGAAGCUUCACCAGGAAAUCACAAGAAAAAGAAUUCCGAAAAGAAACUGAUUUCAAAAUUAAAAUAAAUGAAAUUGCAACUUAA